AUGUCUAAAAAUCUGUUAGAUUUGAACGACUCUUCCGAUGAAGAGCUCAAUCAAUUGAAUCUGAACUCAGAUUUCGCGAAAAACUAUGACAUUUGGCGCCGAAAGGAAGAGAUCCAGAAAUUGAAAGACAAAUACGGAGACAAUUUGGAUGUGUUGUCCGAUUCAGACCAAUCCGUGGGCUCCGGAUCUGAUGAGGACUCCGAUGACGACGAGUCGGAUGAGUCCGUUGGUGACGAACAGCCAGUAUUUGACGACCACUUCUUCAAAGUGUAUUCAGCGCUCAAAAGCAGAAAUCCUAUCAUUUAUGACCAAAACAUGAAGUUCUUCAACGACUCGCCCAAUGAAUCCCAGACUCAAGAUAACAACACCACUGAUGACAAUGUGAUCAAAACUAAGGAGAAAACGUUGUCUUUGAAAGAAUACCACAAAAAGUUGAUUAAAGAGAAGAAAGGUAUCACUGAAGAGGACGUCCAACAAGUGAAUGGAUUUGAAGAGAAACCGAUCGGUUAUUACGAAGAAUUGGAUCAAAUAAGGGAUGAAUUUAAGUCUGUCCUCAACUCGGAGGACGCGGAUGAACAGCUCUUUGAAGACAAAACACGAGCCAUAAGUGCUCCGAAGGAUAAAACUCUUGAGUUUUUAAAUGACGAUAACAUUGUUCGCUUACUAAGUCUGGACUUCAUAGACUUCUCAAUGACCUUCUUACUCUUCGUCAACCUCCUGUUGCUCUUGUUCUUAAGAGAUUAUAUCAUAAAUAAAAGUUAUGUUGAUAUCAAAGAUAAGGAAGUGUUUCGAAAACCCGAGUUUACGGGCAAUGAGUUGAAUGGCAGCAGCAGUGAUGCCGAAGAGAAUGGUUUUGAGACAAUCGAUGACAUGAAUGAAGACAAACAAAAUGGUCUGAAAGUAAGUAAAUAUCAUUUCGAAGAACUCGAUGCUCUGGACAUUAAGAGGUAUCCGAGAAAUAUUGAGACGAUUCGCGACACAACUAAUAGCGAAAAGAGAGCCCAAAAGCGGAGCGAAACGAAGGAUAGGAAGAAAAAGGAGAAAGAAAGGGAACUCAAGAGACUCCGGAAGCUUAAGAAAGAGGAGUUGAAACAACGGCUCCAGAAGUUUCAAGAAAUCAGUGGUAAUGAUAAUAUGGACGCCAAUGAUCUGGUGCUCAAUGAACUGCUGGACGACGAGAAUGACUUCGAUUCUGAUAAAUACGACCAGAAAAUGAUGGCUUUGUUUGGAGACAAUUACUACGAAACUGAAAAGACAAGCCACAAGAAGCCAGUGUUUGAACACAUGCCUGAAAUAGACGACUACCAGUGCGAUGAAGAGGUCGAUGAUAACGCCAAUAACGCCGAAGAUAUUGAUGAUGAUGACAAGAGACUACUGUUUCUCGAGUUGUUUACCAGUUCUCUGAAGAAGAUGACUCAGUAUAGAGACGAUAACGAAGAGACUUAUGACGUGAAGACUUAUGCAAAUAAGGGUCACAACGAAGUCCUUAAGCGAAGGAUGAUGACAAAGAGCUCAACAAAUGGUGUUCUCUGA